AUGAAAGGAUACACAUCUUGUCGAAUUGUUAUUGGUACUAUAGCCACAAAGAUAAAUAUACCAAACUCUGAUAUUACACAUGAAUGGAAGGUUUAUGUUAAGGCACCAUUAAAUAUAAUUAAAAGUGUACAUUACAAAUUGCACGAAUCUUUUCCAAAUAAUUUGAUAAUUACAGAAUAUCCAUUUGAACAUAUAGAUAGAGGAUGGGGAGAGUUUACAAUACAAGUAAAAUUAAUUUUAUUUAAUGAUGAUAGACUAACUACAAGUCAUUUUCUUAAAUUAUAUGGUGAUAGCGAUCCUGUUAUUAAUGAAACAGUUGAUGAAAUUAUUUACAAAGGAAUGGGACAAGAAAUAAUACCAUCAGUAGAAGAAAAUGAGGAAUAUAAAAAAAUAGACGAAGCAAUUGAUUUUGUGUUAAAAUUAUUCGACGAAAAAGAUUAA